AUGAGCAAGCCGUUCGAUAUCCCCAACACUAGCUACUCUCCUCCAGCCGGUGCAUAUAGCCGUCCUGGCCGCCGGGCGUCGUUCUCCGCUGCUCCGACCGCCUCGUCGUUUACCUCGCUUUUCUCCAAGAGUCCGGCUUCGACGAGCAGCAACGCCUCUCCACCGCCGAAUACCGACUCUUCAUUCACGGAUAAACGUCGUAUGACGCUCGCUGAGACCGGAUCGCGGCCGAAGGGGUUGCCGGCCAUGUCUGGCGUCGUACACGAAGAAGUCUUUGAUGAGCCUGAAUCUUCAUCUAUCGUUUCUCCUAUCUCUAUGGGCUCUGCCAGGGCUGAUACGCCGCCCAUGGUACCCGGAUCUUAUGGUGGUUUCCUCGCUCGUCGUUUCUCUCUGUCUGCCAAGGCUUUGGGCGAUGCAAACAAACAUAAUACUGUUCCGAGAACUGCUCUUCCUCCGUCUCCGCCUGCCUCUCUUCCGUCUGGGUCUCCUUCUCAGACUGCUGGGGUUCCGCCGCCGCCGGGUGAUUUCUUUGCCUAUGGGAACGGGGAGAAGAAGGCGAGGAAGAUGUCACUCAAGAGGCCGCCGACGCCGACUGGUGAGAGGAUGUUACAGGGUCAAUUCUCUUUUGAUUAA